AUGAGAGAGUCCAAUCACUCUCUCGUCCAUCAGAACAGAGCCUGUGUCUGCGUCUCGUCUGCUCUCUACGACCGUCGAGCGCUCGAUGCACCCGUCCCGUCUCUGCCGCUCAUAUCCAGCUUGACCCAUCUCUCGUACCUGACGACGACGAGCUCGAGAAUACGAGAGAUCAUCUCUGUCGAUGGCGGUCUCGAGCGACUCGUCAGGAUCGUCGUGGCUUCCCUCGACGCUGCCGGUCGACUCGAACACUCUGCCGCGCUCGUCGUGGCCAGCUGUCCGCAUGCCCCUGGCUUCGAUCGACAUGUCACGCCAGACCAGCGCGCUCAGAACAAGCAAAAGGCGAUGCGUAAGGUCCUUCAGGACCGACUGCGCACGCUCAAGCCGACCUCGAAGCACACUGGCAGUGUCAGAUCACCCUUCAGGCCCUUCUCCGCCUACUCGACCGAGCCACCCCUCCUGCCGAGCUUGACGCCCAUUACGGGCAGCAUCAGAUCUCUACCCAAUCCUCCCACCUGGUCGCCUGUCUCGGCUGCCGACGAGCCGAGAGCGCGCUGCCUGCUGUCGACCUACUCACUCGCCCUUCAAACGUUGAUGAACAUUGGUGUCAGAGGCAGCGAAGCGAUCCGCACGCGUGUCGUCGAAGCAGGCAUCCUCGAGCCCAUCAUCCGCAUUCUCGAGGGCCACCUCGACAUUCGCAAGCGUGCCGCAGACAGGCGAUAUGCUGCCCUCAAAGCUGCCAAUCUACUACCAUUCAGUCAGACCAGCUCCUGUAGUAGUCAUGGCUCCAGUCGCAAGCUCACUCAUCGGGCCCAUCCUGCGGCCUCAGGCUCGUGCUCAACGAUUCGCAUCUCACCCGAUGAGAACGAGGAACUUGCUGCAGAGCCAGUCACUGCCUCUCGGACGAUGGAUUUACAAGAGACACCGCGGCCUCAACGUGCAGCUAGACAUCUUGCCAGCAUGACCCAGAUAGCUUCGCCUCCCUUGAUUCCCCUUGCAUCGCCUCAGGCCCCUGUCUUGAUGGUACCGACCGCUCGAAUGGCGGCUCAAAAUGCUUCACUAGGCAUUUCUCCACCUCGUCGCACGCAGUCGCCUAGUGAUACAGAGACCGAAGAUCUGGAUGGCUCAGCAACAGAGACCGAUGCCGGCUUAGACGUCAUGCUGGUCGUCAGACCGUCAUCGGCUGCCUCGUCUGCCUCAUCAUCUCGCGGUGUCGUUCCGGAGCGCGCGGAGAUAGACUCCUCGCAGAUCUCAAUCAAACCAGACCCAUCCUCCGAGCACUCGCCAGACGACAAUGCUGGGCCAGCUCCUGCAACUACCGAUAAUAAUGAUGGCGAUGUGCAGAUGGACGAUGCCGUCGAGGCUAUUGACCUCGAUUCACAGCCCGCAGCCCGCUCUGUGCAUGAAAUCCUCGUCGAGCAAGAGACACCCAGGCAAGCCACUCGCCCGAUACCAGAACAGUCGUCGCAGCAAGCCGAAAAUCGAUCGCGUUCGGCCAUCACAGACGCCCAAUCACAGAUUUUGACCGAUCUUCUAGCGGAGCCUCUUCGUGUGACACCAGUCGAUCCUCACUUCCGCGACCAGGACGUCUUUUUGUGCUUGCAGCUCUUGGCCUAUCUAUCAAAGUAUCCUCAUGUCCGCACGGUCCUUCACGAUCCUGAUGAUGUCGACUCGCACUACGAAUCUGCUGCUCACUAUGAGCGCUAUCAGCAAGAUAUGCGCCAAUAUCGUCAACGCGAUGCUCUCGCGCUUGCGGAUCCUGACUUCAUGCUCGGCGUCAUUCCGACGGAGUCGCCGCGCGGCAAGCAUCCGCGUGACCAUGGCAAGCCGCGACUGCCCGCACCGAUACAGCCACGCUCAGAUGCGAGAAACGUGUUCAAUCUCGUCGAGAAGUUCACAGUGCGACCCGGGCCGAAUGAUAAAUGGACACCCAGGCUACCUUCGACGGUGCAGUACUGGGCAGGCGUCAUUAUGCGUAAUGCCUGCAGGAAGGACGAGACGCGCGAUGGCAUCAGACAGUGCGCUAACACGCAAUGCGGCAAGUGGGAAGCAUACGCGCGAGAGUUUGCAAAGUGUCGACGCUGUCGCAAAGCCAAGUACUGUUCAAAAGAAUGUCAGUCCAAGGCUUGGCAAGGAGGUCAUCGCUACUGGUGCUCUGCGCGACAUGAGGAUCAUGCCCAGCCGGCACAUGGGGCUGCAUCGAGCGGGGCAGAGGCCAGUACGACGACCACGGGCUCUAGCGAACGAUCGCGCCAUCGCCGUCGUGGUGCAUCGGCCGUCGACGGACUGGCGGUGGCUCACAAUCGAUUGACGCAAGGCUCAGAGGAUGAUGACGAAUCCUCCGCUGUGGAAUCAAGAACGGCCACUCCGCUCAAUGGCUCGCCCGCGCGCUUCGAGCGUACGCUCCGUCGAGCUGACGGUAGUCUUGCUCCUCAAGGUCCUCAUCGCCCUCACCGAACGCAUCGCGACUUGGCAACUGCGGGACAGAUUGCUCGUCAUCCGUUGGCGCACAAUCUGCAGCCUGAUCCAGCUGCGCUCGCGGACCCUACCAACGAAGGCGUCAACGUGGACGAGGUGGAUGUCGCACGACAGAUGAUUGACGAAGGCAAUGCUUUCGGGGUUCGUGUCGAAACUAGCGCCACGACUGUGGCCACCACAGACAGUCCGAGCGAGUUUGGUCAGUUCGAGGCAGCGACUGACGCCGAGGAAGAGUAG